UGGCCUAUAAAAGUCUUCCACUCAUCUCAUUGUAAUCACUCAAGCAUUGAAGUGUUCAUCAUUUCUCUUCGUAUUUUCUCUCUCUAGAAAGUUGCUGAAGGAGUGAGUUAAGUGUGAGAGAAUUUCACAUCGAAUGUUUGAAACAGGAAAGGAUGGAUGAUACAAGGGCAUUGCCCGAAGAUGAAUGGUUCUGUCGUGUAGAAUGCAAAAGGAUUCAUUCACCUCUUCGGAAGUUUGUCUCCGAUUGUGAUAUGGAACUUCCCGAAACUGUUGUGGAGAUUUUGAAGAAGAAAGUUAAGGGAAAAGCUUCAAAGCCGAGCCCAAAUUAUUCCAAUAUGAAGUGGAGAAUCUUGAAACCAAAUUCAAAUUCUGAAGACAAUAGGGCAUGGCUUUCUAAUGUCAAAACAAUCUUAGAGCUUAGUGCCACCGAGUUUGAAGAGCAUGAUGGGUAUGGUCAUCGAAGAAAGCGGUACACAAACAUAUGCACCUCGAAAAAUGAAUCCCUCGAGGAACUUUCUUCAAGGCUUCAAGCUGCACAGACGAUAGCAGGCAGUGCUUUGUGCAGCAAAUGCCAUGAUGGUGGAGAUCUAUUGCUCUGCAAAGAAUGCCGGCAUAGUUUUCACACAGAAUGUGUCCAUCUCUCCACUACUAAAGACAACAAACAAAUUUGCGAAUAUUGCAAAGACAUGUUGAGAGAGAAACAGGAUACCGUGGAUGAUGCUCCAGCAGCCCUUCCCACGGCUAAAUCCUUAGAGGCAGCGACGCCGAGCAGCAGUGGUAGCGAUGAUCAUUGUGAAGACGACUUAUACAAAUGCUUCCUUUGCAGGGGUAACUCUUUUUCCAAGAAAAAUCUUCGAUGACCCGACAAUUAUGAUAUACGAGCAGCUCGAGAAAUACACAAACGAUUAUCAGAAAAUUAUGUCAUUCAAGGACACAAAGGUCCUUCACAAACUAAUCCACAAAUCGUGAACUUUGGAGCAUUGCCGUUGCCUCUCAGGGACCAUAAAAGUUCUAUAAUGACAUAGUUGUAUGGUAUUAGUACUGUUACAUUUUGUGAAAUGUCAGUGGCCCGGCCAUUUUUUAUGUGGGUGCACAUCAAAAGGAGGCAUAUUGGACUACACUUUAUCCUUACUUUGUACUAAACUUUUGUCUCAAAGUUUUAACACGAAGCAUCGUGUAGGAAUCAAAAUAAUAUUGCCAUA